UGGCUCCUUGUGUGUCAAUAGCUCAAGGUCUAGCCCUUUUUUCUCUAAAAUCCAAAUUUUUGACCUUUCAAGUAAUUAUUUUUCUGGACCCCUACCUGUGAGAUACAUCGACAGCUUCAAGGCUAUCAUAAAUCUCACGAAAGAUGCAAGUACGAUGACAUACAUGGGUGUGCAGGAUGCUAAUGCUAGUAUUGGCAUGUAUAGCUAUUCCGUUGGAAUUGUCGUGAAAGGACAAGAUAUAACAUUGAAUAAAAUUUUCGUCAUGUGGGCGAUCAUUGAUCUCUCAAAUAAUAAGUUUGAUGGAGAGAUUCCCAAGGUUAUUGGAAAGCUUAGAUCACUCAAAGGGCUAAACCUUUCUCAUAAUAACCUUAGUGGUUACAUUCCCUCAUCAAUAGGGAGUUUGACCAGCCUUGAAUGGCUAGACCUCUCUUCAAACAAGCUGGUUGGAAGGAUUCCAAGGGAACUGCUCAAUUUGACAGCUCUUUCCACGUUAAACCUUUCAAUGAAUGAAUUGAUUGGGUGCAUCCCUCAUGGAAAACAAUUCAAUACCUUUGGAAAUACUUCCUAUGAAGGGAACAAAGGAUUACAUGGUUUUCCAUUGUCAAGUGAUUGCAACAAUAAUGAGCUACCACCACCCUCAAAUUUAUUAGAAGAAGAUGGAUCAAAAUCAAAAAUUGGUUUUGGGUGGAAAGUAGUUUUGUUGGGUUAUGGAUGUGGAGUGGUGUUAGGAUUGGGCGUGGGAUAUGUAGUUUUCCAAACUGGUAAGCCAAAGUGGAUUGUGAGUUUGGGUGAAGAUCAUAUUGAGAAGAGGCGGAGAAGAAAGCCAAUGUAUGGGCAUCGCAACAAUGGAAGGAGGAGGAUCUAGGCAGAGCAAAUGAUGUUCAAGCAUUUCUGUUGUAUUUUCAUAUAUAUAUAUAUAUAUAUAUAUAUAUAUAUAUUUAUGGUGUGUCUAAUGUUCUGUCUUGACCAGUUUAGCUAUAUGUCUUCAUCUUUAGUAUGGUAUUUCAAUAACGUGUGAGGAUCUAUUCUCAAUGUUAAAACUCUUACAUAGUUGCAGCUGUUUAUGUCUUCUUGAAUGACUUCAAUUG